UACCAUGGAUUUUGUUAAAAAGAUUUUAAAAAAUGAAAAAUGAAUAUACAGCCACACACUGCUUUCAUGUUGUUGUUAAAAUGCUGUAUUACAGUUACCCUUAUUCAGCGUUAUGGCCUUAAAUUAGUGAAGAAUAGAGACAGACUUGUUUAGGACUCAAAGAUUAGGACUAUUGACUUGGAACUCGACUUGAGAUUCGCCUGUACUCACUCAGGACUUGAAUUGAGACUCGACUAUCUUGACUUUGGACUUGACUCGGGGCUUGAGUGUCAAGACUUGAGACUUACUUGUUACUUGCAACUUAAUGACUUUGUCCCACCUCUGUUAAUAUAAGUCUCAGUGCUUCAGUCUUGACUGCUUUUUGAGUGGAGCACAGUACAGGACAGAAAAUCAGAACAGAAAUGUUUCAUAUAUCAGUCUCAAAGGCACAAUAUCAACUGGUCAGAAACCAAUAUGAACUUUAAUAUUGGCACCAUUUCCUCCAAUGGUCUAUUAUAACAUCUUGUAAAGAAACCCGUUGGCAUGACUAAACAAAAUGUGAAAAUGUGAGGAGGAUACCAGAACAGAGCUUUUAACUCUGAAGAUAGGACUCUGUAUUCACAUGAACCGUGUGUGUGUGUAUAUGUGUCUGUGUUUGAUGGUUUUUAGCAACAAAAGAAGGAAUGAGAUGGAGAGAGAACUGGAGAGAAGCCUCUCUGAAAAGAGUUUCAGCUACAGGAUAUGUGCUGACAAAUCGGUGGACGAUAUCUGGAAAAAGAACAAAAUGCGUCUCCACAAGAUACUGAACGCAUACAUGGAAGAGGAGGAGCAGCAGAACGAGGCUCGGCUUAAGGCCGAGGGACGGAAGAAGAGGAGGGAGAGACGGAGCAGACAGAGAAACUAGAGAUAGAGAACAAGUUUCUGAAGGACAGAAUGAGGAAACACCGCAAACUGGAGUUUGAAAGAGAGCUGCGGAGACAGACUGAAACCGAGAGAGAGCAGCAAAAGCUGAGGGCUACAGAACUGGAGUUCUUGGAAAGAGAGAUGAUGAUGAACAUGGAGUUUGUAGAAAGAGAGAAGGCGUGGGUGAGAGAGAGAGAGAUUGGAAGAGACCUGGACACAAAACGAAUGAUGGAAGAACUGGAUGGAGCAUAAACUGGAAAAGAUGGAGAAAGAAAUUGAGGACCUCAAAGAAAGAACUGGGCAGAGAAAGAAAGAGGAGAAAACGAAUUAGCCAGAAAAGAAGAGGAAAAGCUUCAGCAGAGCUGUCCAUGGUUGGAUGGACAGAUUCAAGGAUGCGUUUAGAAACUGUCCAGAAUGAACAGCUCAAAGUUUCCUGAAAGGAUUAAAUGGAUAAGCCGCUUUCUCCAACGUCCAUCGUUCUCCCACCACCACUCCAUCACUCUCUCCUUCCUCUGACCUCAGCGUGAAGUGCCCGAGCUACUGUCCAAGCUCCAUCAUGUGAAGGUGUUUUUCAGAAAGAUUAGCUGAGAAAGAUUUGCUCUGAUUCUCCCGCAAGGAACCCCAAGUUCUCCUUUCAGCGAAAAGUUCAAGCACAAGCCCUAUCUGAACAGAAUGAUGCAGCAAAGACCGCGACAGAGAGACAUUGCUCUAAAUUGAUUAAGUUGUUAAUUGACUUCAGUUAAAUCAUCUGAAUUUCAGAAUUGCUCUGCAAAGCCACCAGCAUCGUGAACGACAACAGCUUUGUUCCUCAAGCAAUCAGGUUUUUAAACUCACAAAGACUGAACUAAACCGCCCCCCCUUAACACACUCACACACACACACCUCUUUUGAAGCUCUGGAACAUUGCUGCUAAUACUGUGUUUACACUGUUUACUACCUCAGAAACUGCUGUGUACUUGUUCAUAGAUGGAAUGACAAUAAAAGCCUCUUGACUUUACUUGAAAUAUGUAAAAAGACAGUCAGUCAGAAAAAAAGUGAUAUCUGCCCUUUCUACAACAAAGGAAAAUGCAUGUAACUUGAGGAGAGGCCGGAUUGCAGGAAGAAUUUCAAAAGGAGUGAGUGAUAACUAUUAUAGAAGUCUGAAAGACACUCCCCUGUUGCUAAGAUUUUAGCUAAGAUAUUAGCUUUAGAUUCUAGCAGGGAACAUCACCAGGAGUUUAUCUAAAGAUGUUCUUAAAGUGAUAUCUUCAGAGGUCAGGAAAAAUCAUGACUGCACAAUGAUGUCUUAAUGAAAAUAUACCUCACAAAGGAAUGUGACACCAAUUUUUGUCAUUUUUACGAAUACAUUCAAAACUUUCAAGUGGAUCCCAUCAGUGUAAAUAUGUACACUGAAAUAGGCGUGGGCAUACUGAUACACUACCUGAGAGAAAGGGCACUGUUUACACUCUGCUUAGAUGCAACUGGCAAACUUGUAUCAAAAAUACCUGGGCAAGGAUUUACAUUAUUCACUCAUGCUACUUAAAAAUGGUCACAAUUCACCUCCAAUGUCUGUGGCUGAAAUGCUCUCUAAUGAGAACUCAGUAACCCCAGUAACAUUCUGGAUGAUGCUUUGAAAAUCUCAAAGUUCACCAAUUUCAGAGUAAAUCAAGUAAGGUCCGGCUUUAGUUGGGCUUUAAUGCACAGUAAUUUUGGCCUUCAAAGAAGAAAGCAUCCAUGCCUAUCUUGAAAGAGCAUACAAAAUCUGAGAGCAUAAAAAAACCCUUCACUGAGAUGCCUAAUUUCACCUUGUUGCAUCUUUGUGCAGCACAUGACCAAAUCUGUCUUGCAAUUUGCAGGCCUUUCAAAAACAAACAUGUGACAAAGGUCUGAAAGUGUUUCCAACAUUUGCAUUUGCCAGACUUCUAAACACACAUCACUGGAUGCUGCACUGAACAUAUUCAGACAUGACUGCAGGAUACUGCACCCAAACUGUCAAAACCAGCAUUACUUUGCUUGAGGACAUUACUGGCAGAAUGGCAUUGUCUGCAGUCCCUGAAGAGGAGUCAGGCUUCAAGAAGGACAACCAUGAUGAUGAGUAUCCUGAGUAUUAAACGUAAAAGGCCGUUGUGGGAAAGUCUCCGUUUUCAAAAGAGUUCAAAAAAGUUUAUGAUGACACAGUGUCCUGGGAUUGUAAAAGUUCUGUUUGCUACAAACAUGGACAUCUUCCCCUUAUGGAGUGGAAUGUGCCUUUUGAGUAGAUAUGCUCGAGAAAAUGAGGAACAUAACCAAAGGAAAGCUAAAGUUCAAACCCAUAGCAUAAUUUUCCUUGUGGAAACUUGGUUUGGCAUCAUCCAAAAUCAUCCAUUUUUCAGAAAAAAAGAAUCUAAGUCCAGGAGAUUUUCUGAGGAAAAUGCAUUUGUCUUUGGCUGGAAGAUUCAGAGAGCAAAUACUUCAUAACCAGCUCCCUUCAAAACGUCUGCUGAGGCCAUUACAAUGGAAAGAAGGGAAGAUGUUCACCUAGCUGAGGAAGCAAGGGCAAAGAGAGAAGAGAAAGUUGGUUGGUGAGGUAUGUGGUGAGUUUUAAAUAAUAUUAAUAUAUAAAAUUUGUUUUAAGUAUUUUAUUUCCUUUCUUGCUUGACAUUUUUGAUAUUUACACUACCCUGUUCAGAAGUGCUGAAACACUUGCCAAGGCAUUUCACUGUGUGCGAAAUACCAAUAACAUAUACAAUUUUUCUACAUUGCUAACUUAUAUAAUACAGAUUUUAAUAUUUCAAACUAGAAACCAAAAAGUAUUUCUAGAUGCUUAAAAGUUUCUGUUUUACAUAAACAUUUAUCUGAUAAGUAAUAUAAUAUAAAUACUGCUGUGUAUAACUUUGUCAACUAGUUUUGAUCAGCCCUUUUGAAAUACAAGGUGUGGCACUGGGGCGUGGUCGACCGCCGUCUGUGGGGCUUAGACCAGACACAGAGGAGCCAGGAGGCGCAGACGCAAGACAAGACUGAAAGGACUGAAAGUUUUUAUGUCUGUUGGGAGCGACAGGCUCAAAGCUCAUGUUUUAUUUCUUUCGAUUUAUGCUGUUGAAUAAA